UCCACGUUCAAUCCACCAAACCAAAGGAUUACCGGCACGUCGCCGGUAGUCCCUGUCGCAGUCGGAAAUAAUUUGAUUGGGCUGCUUCCGAAUGUCAGUUCAUCAGCUUUCAGAAAAUUGUGCUUGUCAUUCUCGGAAAAGAUUAUGGUGACUCGUGAUUGAUUUUUUAAUUUUCGCGCGCAAUCAUUAAUCAAUUUCAAGUGAAGGAGCAUUACGCUCUUCGACUCAAAUCCGAGGAUAAAAAAUUUAAGCGGCUCAUGUGCGGGAAAAGAAAUUUCAGGAAGCCCAUAUAUUUUUCACAGUUAGCAAGAUUUGAAAAUAGUGGAUUUAUUUUACUUCUGAGGAAGAAGAUGAAAUCUUCUAAUCGUCUGCAAAUCGACGGUUUUUAAGAGAAGGGAGAAAAAUAAGAGAAGGAGUGCAGUUCCUUUCUCCGGAGAUGCCGGAGAACGAAUAGCGGCCCGUAUUCGGCCCUCCUCUUUCCAAGUCUCCACCAAAGAAGACCUUCGUAUGCUCUAGUGCUUGCCGGUUGUUGCACAAAAAGAAAAGUUAGUUUGUUACUUCUAGAAGAAGGCAAACUCAACUGGAAAGACGCCUUCUAUAAAGCAAUCUGUGGUCCGCUCUUGGCCUUGUGAGCAGGAAUCUGCAGAUGGACAUAAAGUCUUCUUUUUGAGAGGCCCAUAAUUGGUUAAACUAUUUUAACAAAGUACUAAUGAGAAUGUGAAAAGAAAUAAAUUUUCAAACUUAUCCUAGAUUAAAACUAAUCUAUUGGUUUAUAGUAACAAAAUUUAUGGAUUGAACUACAUCAAUUAUAACGAAUUGAUGAAUUUUUGAAAUUGAAAAAUAAGUGUGAAUUUUGUCGGCUGAAAAAUGGCUUUUCGGAGUACUGAGAAUCUAGACAUUGAAGAUGCGGUUGCUGAAAGGCUUCGAAUAAUUCUUAAGGAAGGAUUAAACAUUCCGGCAGAUGAAGAAAAGGAUGAAUUAGAAUUACCACCAUAUUAUGAUCCUCAAAAAUUUAAGCUUGCUCAAAUAACUUUUUACAACAAUUUAUUCACUAUGAUGAUAGCAAAAUUAUCAGGUCUGCUAACUUUAUUAGCUAUACCAUCAAUAUUGGAAAUUCUCGUAUUUACUAAACAAAGUGGCACUCCAUGCACAGCUUUUCGAAGAUAUCUUUCCACUAUUCUUCACACUUUUGUUUGGUAUGAAAGCGAACCACAAAAACAGGAAGAUUUCUUCAGGUCUUUAAAAACUGUGAGAAGAAAACAUUGCCUUGUCUCUCGCAGAUGUUCCAAAGGUGGUCUUCGUAGAAUAACUCAAAGAGACAUGGCAAUCACCCAAUUUGGUUUUAUUGGAUUCACUUUAUUAUCUGCUGAAGAGUUGGGCAUAAAGGCAAGUGAAGAAGAAUUCGACUCACUCGUUCAUUUUUGGAGAGUGAUUGGCCACAUGUUAGGAAUGCAGGAUAAAUAUAAUUUGUGCAGUGGAACAGUAGCGGAAUGUAGAACUCUCUGUAGAGGACUUUUAGACGACAUUUUCAUCCCUGUCUUGGAAAAAGAAAAUAAGGAGUUUGAACAAAUGGCUCACAUUCUUAUAGAAGGAUUGUGGCCAAUUAUUGCUUUUUUGGAACCAAAAGCUUAUUUAGCAUUUACUUUGCAACUUGCUACCUCGGCAACAACAAAUAAUAAUCAUUCUGUUACAAAUGACACGGCUUCAUUACCACUGAAGAGUAAAAUCUUAUUCAAUCUGCAAAUAAACGUCCAUAAAUAUUUAUUACAAACAAGAUAUUGGUGGUCAGCAAUAUUUCGAUUUUGUUAUAAUAAUCUAACGAGAUUCGCAAUGUUCCUCACGGAAAACUUCCCUUUUCUUGCUUACCUCAUUUUUGGCAAGAAACAAUCGAAUGUGAAUAUCUAUAAAAUUCAUUAUGAAUGAAUCGAAUGUCAUUGAUAAAUGAGACCAGAUUUAUUGAAGAAGGAAGAUAAAUAAGUAGUCAGAAGAUCAAAUCAUUAAUUUUUUUUGGAUUAAGAAUAUCUUAAAGGUUCUUUCAAAGUCAAAAAUGUAAUUAAACUUUAAACAUUUUUUUUUGUUGGGAAGGAAUCCUGAUAACAAGUCAAAAAAGUCAUCCAAAUUUAACUGAAGAUUUUAAAUUAUAAAAAGAAUCUUACGCAAAAAGUUAUAUUGUAUAAUGAAUAUCUUUAAUAUCGUGAGGUUUAAUUUAAUUUAUUAUUUCAUUGGAAAUAUUAUAAUGUCAGUUUUAAUAACAAUGACAUCUCAUUAACGUUUAAUUUUAUUUUGAAGAUGUCACACAUGCUUUUUGCAAUUAAU